CAGCUAUUCACAAAUACCCCCAAGCAUCAUAAUUUAAGUAUAUACCAGAGUAGGAUCAAAGAUGGCAUUAACUCCAGCAACCUCACUUGCUUUUUUCUGCUCAAUGGUUCUUUUACUGUUUGUUACUGUUGAUGCUGGUGGAAUUGCUAUUUAUUGGGGUCAGAACGGAUACGAGGGUACCUUGGCCGAGACUUGUGCCACUGGUAGCUAUGACUUUGUCAACAUAGCUUUUCUUCCGACGUUUGGCAAUGGGCAGACACCGAUGAUUAACCUUGCCGGUCAUUGUGAUCCCUACAGUAAUGGCUGCACUGGUUUGAGUUCCGACAUUAAAUCGUGUCAGGCGAAAGGAAUUAAGGUAAUGCUUUCAAUCGGGGGAGGUGCUGGGAGCUACUACCUUACCUCGGCUGAAGAUGCUAGGGAGGUGGCUACUUAUCUUUGGAACAACUUUUUAGGGGGAACGUCAUCUUCUCGACCAUUAGGGGAUGCGGUUUUGGAUGGAAUCGACUUUGAUAUUGAAGGAGGAACGAUCCAACAUUGGGAUGACCUUGCAAAGUACCUCUCAGGAUACAGCAAACGUGGUAAAAAAGUGUACUUAACCGCAGCACCUCAAUGCCCCUUCCCUGAUGCUUGGGUCGGGAGUGCCCUGAAAACUGGUCUAUUUGACUACGUUUGGGUUCAAUUCUAUAACAAUCCACCAUGCCAAUACACAUCUGGAAGUUCUGGAAAUCUAGUAGAUGCAUGGAAGCAAUGGACUACAGACAUUCCUGCAACUAAAAUUUUCUUGGGACUCCCAGCAGCCCCGGCUGCAGCCGGAAGCGGCUUCAUUCCAGUAGCUGAUCUUACCUCAAAAGUGCUCCCUGCUAUCAAAGGUUCCAUCAAGUACGGAGGUGUUAUGCUAUGGUCGAAGUACUAUGAUGACCAAACUGGAUACAGCUCUUCUAUCAAAAGCCAUGUUUGAUUGCUAUUUAUUAAUCUUGUAACCGUGCUAUGAGCUUUAUGCUAUAAUGAUAUUUUUAAUGUUCUAUGUCAACAGAA